AUCAGCUGAUCUAAUCAUGACGCUGACGACGACGAUGGAACCGAAAGUGUUGGUUAGAAUCAGUGACAAUUCUAAAACAUCCUUAUUAAUUGAAAGAGGUACGAAAUUUGACUGUUUAGUGUUAUUAACAGUACUUAUUGGAUGUAGUGUAAAGUUUAUUGAUGAUAUUUGUGCUUUUUAUCGACCAUGGCCGAGCGUGCUGCACACACAACAACCUCAGUACAAACCAAACCCUCAAUAUUUGAGCUGAUUGCUCAAGAAUCUCUUGCAGAAACAGUUUACCCGGCGUUCAAGCGCAUUGUUCAGUUCCUUGUCUCUAGAAAUCCAGAGUUUUGGGGAUGGCUUGGUAAUUGGUGCGAUGAAAGUUACUUAGUGUUGAAUUCAUUCAUUCAGUACUACUACAUAAAAAAUAGAAGUGCCUCUUUUGCAGAAACAUUUUAUGGUUUAGAGAGAGUUUCAGUACUUAAAGAUGAUCUUCAUAAAUUAAACAGUAGACAAAAAUUUUGGUCUCUCAUGUGGCUGACCAUAUUUCCAUACCUUAUGACUAAAUUUGAACAUUUAGCUGAGAAAUAUAGGUAUGAAGAGGCAUAUGAAUCUGAGUCAUUGUUUGCGAUUCCUACUUCCUACAAAGUAGGUAUCAUCAAAUGCAAUAGUACAUUAAACUUUCUUUUUGGAACAGCUAAUCUAGCUCAAUAUCUUCUGUAUAUGACUGGUCGAUCUCAUUAUCAUAAAAUUCUAUUUCGUCUGAUCAAAGUUAGCCUAGUGUAUUACGAUGACGAAGAUCAGUUAUCUCUGAGGGACUUGUGGACGUGUGCUUGGAAAGACAGGUCCAAGAUUCCUAAUUUAUCAUCUCAGCUAGUUCUAAGAACAUUAUCCGCUGGUUUUGAAGCUGGCGCUUUCUUCUUGCAAUGUCUAAACUGUUAUAAUCUGCAAAGUACGGAAAGGAAGCAACAAAUAGUACCUUUACCCAAACCGCCACCUCAGAAAAAUCGUGGUAUUCGUCCUGAUGUUUGUCCCAUUUGUCAUGACAAGAGAAAAAUUCCAACUGCGCUUGCAACGUCUGGGGAGGUUUUCUGUUUCAAAUGCAUAAAACCUGUGUUAGACAAUGAUAAAAAAUGUCCUGUGACUGGCUUACCUUCAACAGUCAAUGAACUCAUAAGAAUUUAUCAUCAGUAAAAAAAGUGUGGAUGCUUCAAUGAAUCAAGAAAACCUCUGAUCAAACUCGAACUAUGAAUGGAUGGAACACGGUCAGAUCAAAACAAUAACGACUACCUUAUGGACUUGAGUUCCACUGAAUACUUCCUGCUUCUGUGUUUGGUUGUCAUUCCUGUCAAACUUUUCUUCAGUCUUUGGGCGUGGCUUGGUUGGGAGCUCUUCAUUAACAACUAGAGAUAACAUAAGUGGUUGAAAAUAUAUGUGUAUUGAGUAAUAGUGCUUUUCAUGAACAACUGGUGGAGUUGACUUUCUUUGUAGAUAAGUAACUUAUACGAUACAAUGUUGUUAAUUUGUUAGUAUUUGUGAUAAUGUUUUAUUGGAGAGUUGUGAUACAUUUUUAAGAGUGUAAAUUUAGUAUUCUUCCAUUAUGUCGUCAGUUAGUGGUCUUGAUGAAGAAGACGAUCUAGAUGAUAAAACGUACGAACUGAUAACAUUCCCUCCGGAGGUGCAAAGCGCUAUAGAUCAGGUUAUUCCAAGUACCGACCCCCUCAGUCAUCCCGACUUCAAUUCAAUCGAUUACAUCAACAACCUGUUUCCCACGGAACAGUCUCUCUCGAAUAUUGAUGACACCAUCAACAAAAUGGAAUGCAAAAUUCGCGACAUUGAUGAUCAGAUCAGGACCGUGGUUAGGGGGCAGACGAACGUAGGGCAAGAUGGUAGGGGGGCGUUGGAGGAUGCUCAACUUGUAAUACGUCAGUUGUUUUUACAAAUUUCUGAGAUAAAAGCUAAGGCUGAAAGAUCAGAGGAGACGGUUAGAGAGAUAACUCAAGAUAUCAAACAAUUAGAUUGUGCUAAAAGGAAUCUCACAUCCGCCAUAACAACUUUAAAUCAUCUGCAUAUGUUAGUUGGUGGGGUGGAACGAUUAAAACAAGCCACUAAGAAACGCGAGUAUGGGGAAAUGCCACUGCAAGCCAUCACUGAAGUUAUGAGACAUUUCGAUAGCUACCUAGACAUACCUCAAAUCAAGCAGCUCGCAGAUGAGGUGUCAGAGAUACAAGUUGCACUAGCCAAACAGAUAACAUCAGACUUUCAUGAAGCAUUCGCGGGUCCCCAAUCAAAAACAUUCGUCCCUAACCGACAGCUAGCUGAAGCCUGCCAUGUUGUUUCAAUUCUAGACCCCAAAAUUAAGAAAGACUUACUAAAAUGGUUUGUUGGUGUUCAACUCAGUGAAUACAGUCACCUGUUCCACGAAAGUGAAGAUGUAGCAUGGUUGGAUAAAAUCGACUCUCGUUACAUCUGGUUCAAAAAACAUUUGUUGCAAUGCGAAGACAAAUUUGGAGCGAUGUUUCCAGCUCAGUGGAAUGUGUCUGAAAGAAUCACGGUAGAGUUCUGUCGUAUGACAAGGGCGGAACUAGCUAAAAUUAUGUCGAAGAGGAAAAACGAAAUUGAUGUUAAGCUGCUGUUGUUUGCUAUUCAACGUACGGCUGCUUUGGAGAAUCUGUUGGGGCAGAGGUUUACAGGUGAAACACUUCUGGAAGAAAUAGGUGAGGAGAAAGUGCAGUUGAAAGUUGAUCCAAAACCAAAAAGCCCCCGGGAGGAGGUUGUGGGAGGAGGCAAUCCAUUGGAGGAGAAGAAAGAAGGAGAGACAAAACAAGAAGUCAAACUUUCUCCUUUCCACAAUAUUAUUGGUGAAUGUUUCCAACCCUACUUGUAUAUUUAUAUUGAUAGUAUUGAUCAUAACCUUUACGAACUGAUGGAGAGGUUUGUGUCUGAUGCUAAGUCUGAUUUCAGUCAAGGUAUUAGUCAAGAAUCGUCAGGGCUGGUUACCGUGUUGAGAGCGGUACAAGGCGUUCUGCCAUCUUGUGCUGAUCUGUUCGUUUUCUACAAGAAAUGUCUCCUACAGUGCACUCAGCUUAGCAAAGGUCCACCCAUGUUGGGUAUGGCUAACGUUUUCCAAAAGUAUUUACGAGAAUAUGCGGUCAAUGUUUUGCAGAAUAAUUUGCCUAAAAUGGGGGGAGCUGGUGGAGGGGGUGCUGGUUCUAUUAGUGCUAGUGUUUCAAAUAUUACAAGGGAUUUGAGGGAUAUCACGGCUGCCGGCAUUAUACAAACGUUUUUGAAGGAGGGUGAGAGCACACGAUUCACUAAAGCUGAACAGGCCAGAGUUUGUUGUAUCCUUACUACAGCUGAGUAUUGUUUGGAAACAACACAACAGCUCGAGGAAAAAUUGAAAGAGAAAGUUGAUAAGUUGUUAGUGGACAAGAUAAAUCUGUCACAAGAACAGGAUAUCUUCCACAACGUGAUAUCGAACUGUAUCCAGCUGUUAGUGCAGGAUUUGGAGAUAGCCUGUGAGCCGGCUCUGACGGCCAUGACAAGAAUCCAAUGGCAGAAUGUGGAGUCGGUUGGAGAUCAGAGUGGAUAUGUGACAGCAAUCACGCACCAUCUGAAAGCUACCGUUCCAUUGGUGCGUGACAACCUGGCGUCUUCCCGAAAGUAUUUCACACAGUUUUGUGUGAAAUUCGCAAACUCGUUCAUUCCCAAGUUUAUUCAAAACGUUUACAAAUGUAAGCCACUGAGUACGGUGGGGGCUGAACAGUUGUUGCUGGAUGCGCACAUGCUCAAGACUGUUUUGCUCGAUUUGCCUUCGAUUGGAUCGAGUGUCAACCGGAAGGCACCAGCUAGCUACACCAAGGUGGUGGUCAAAGGCAUGACUCGUUGUGAAAUGAUACUCAAAGUAGUGAUGGCACCUACCGAACCAUUCAUCUCGUUUGUUGAUCAAUUCCUAAAACUUCUCCCCGAAUCAGAUGUACAGGAAUUCCAGAAGGUUCUAGAAAUGAAAGGACUGAAAACGGCCGAUCGAAAUCACUUAAUCAGCAUGUUUAAACCUCGACACUCGUCUGGUUUUGUGUCGUCCAGCAAUGUUGCCACCACCAGUCCUAAGCAUGACACAAGCAGCAUACGAAAACUUAAUAAUCUAAUUAAAAAGAAUCUAGGUAAUUGAAGUGGUGCAGUUUGAUUCAACUCUAAUUCGAAGCAUUCCAUUGUAAUAAUAAUCAUUGUAAAUUAAUCGAGUUGAACUCCAACAUUGACAUAGAAUGUACAUUGAUAUUAUAUGAUUUUAUAGUUCCCUUUAUUUUGAAAUGCCUUAUAUAGUAUACAAUAUGGAUAUUAGAAA